GACUGCGAGUGCGAGCCCAACCCAUGGUCGUUUGAGAGCUCGGAGCUCGCUUUGCGUUUGCGUAGCCUGCAAUAACGCAAACGCAUCUUGUUUCUUCUUCACAUUCACAUCAAUAUAAGCUCGUGUUUUAUUUUUCAAAUAAUUUUUCUUUUGUGUUGAUUUUAAACGUGUGUUCAGUCAGUGUUAUUAUGAUUUUCGUUUAACAGCUUGCGGCGUAGAAAAUUUAGUUUUGCGUCGCCGGUGUUAUACAAGCAAGAAUAUGAAUGACAAUGGAUGCAUUCACUUGAAUAAUUUUAAGGCAGCCAAAGGAUCUAAUCCUUACAAAAUAGUGCAUGCAUUUUUCGUGUCUUGCACCUCAUUAGAAGCUAGAAGAUACAAGGCCACAUCAUGUCUGUGUUUCACAUGUGGCAAGCCUGGGCCCCGGAUGCACUCUUGCCUUCAUUGCAUAUUCUUUGCCUGCUAUGCAGGCCACAUCCAGGACCACUCAAAAACCAAAAAGCAUUUUCUCUAUGUUGAUUUGAGUUAUGGAAAUAUAUUCUGUGCUCAAUGCCAGGACUACAUUUACGACAGAGAACUGGCUGAAAUUGCUUUGAGUCAUCGGCUAAAAGAAGCAAAGUCCCUAGGCAUGGGCGCGCCGUUUAUGCCAUGGCUGCCGAAUGCCAACGAGGCGACGGCGCUGAGGCGCCUUCGCAAGCGGCGACUCAUCAGCCCUUCCACCACCAUUGGGCUGCGGGGUUUGCAGAACCUGGGCUCCACCUGCUUCAUGAACUGCAUUGUGCAGGCCCUGAUCCACACGCCUCUUCUCCGAGACUACUUCCUUGGCGAGAAGCACAAGUGUAAGUCCCAGGGCUCCGGAAAAUGCUUGGUGUGUGAGGUCUCCAAACUGUUCCAGGAGUUCUACUCGGGCGCGAAGACCCCGCUGACGCUGCACCGCCUGCUGCACCUGAUCUGGACGCACGCGCGCCACCUGGCGGGCUACGAGCAGCAGGACGCGCACGAGUUCUUCAUCGCCACCCUGGAUGUACUGCACAGACAUUGCAUGAACGGCGUCGAAGAGCACGCCGAAAAGAAAGAGAAAGAGAACGGGCGCUGCAACUGCAUCAUCGACCAGAUCUUCACGGGCGGGCUGCAGAGCGACGUCGUGUGCACCUCCUGCUCCGGCGUGUCCACCACCAUCGACCCCUUCUGGGACAUCAGCCUCGACGUGGCCGGCCCCGGCUCGCUGCAGGCCUGUCUCGAGAGGUUCACCCGAGCCGAGCACCUCGGCUCCGGGGCCAAGAUCAAGUGCUCGAACUGCCGAGCGUACCGCGAGUCGACGAAGCAGCUGACGCUCGAAACGCUGCCUAUAGUGGCGAGUUUCCAUCUAAAACGCUUCGAGCACUCCUCGCAGAUCGACAGAAAGAUCUCGACGUUCGUGUCGUUCCCGGCGGAGCUGGACAUGACGCCGUUCAUGUCGUCGCACCGGCGCGCGGCGGACGGCGGCGACAACAACAACGCGCCGGCGCCGGCGGGCCCGGGCGCCGACAACCGCUACUCGCUGUUCGCCGUCGUCAACCACCUGGGCUCGCUGGACGCCGGCCACUACACCGCCUACGUGCGCCAGAUGAAGGGCAGCUGGUUCAAGUGCGACGACCACAUGAUCACCCGGGCCUCGCUCCGGGAGGUCCUAGAUAGCGAAGGAUAUCUCCUCUUCUACCACAAGACUGUUCUGGAGUAUGAAUGUGAAAACGUAUAAGUUAACGUAUAUAUAAUAUUAUCAUGUGACCUACGGCCUUUGCUAAAAGUAUUAAGUACCUAUUUUUCCUAUACAACUGUAAAAUGAGAGUUAUUUUUUCCACAUUUAUAAAAGUAAAUAUUGGCGUUCAUAUAGAAAAUGUCUAUAUAACAUGAAUACUUAGUUAAUAGUACAAAAAAAAAACACAUAACCUAAGAAAAUACGGCUUCAUAAAACGGAUUUUCUGUGAAGUGUCUAGUUACCAUUUUUGGUAUUUUAUAUCAAUCUUAAAUAAUAAAAUGAAUAAGUGAAGAAAUAAAACUAGUUUUCAUGUUUUGUAAAGAUUAAGCAUGGGUGCUUAAUACUAUGGUAAAGUAGUGUACAUGUGCUUGCACAAGGUGCAGGCUGCUUACGCCAGCGUAUCACCAAGUGUUCUUGUGCCAUCGUCAACUGUUACCUGACAAUUCGUAACCAGUUUUGCAAAGACGAUCCGGCUAUGGUCAGUUAAGAGUACUGUUAAUAGCUGGAGUUGCAGGAUGAUGGAGAAUAUUAUGGGCAAGAUACGUGCACCGUGUGCAAGUAAAAUGUAUGAGCGUGUCGGCAGUUAGGAUAUGCUUUGAAUAUAAUUAUACAAAAAGUAUACUUUUAGGUGUGUUGUAAUCUUUAAAUAACGGACAUGUAUCAAUAACAUAUGCCAUUAUAGUUAUUGGACUUAAAUCUAUCUGUAAUAAUACCAACUGACUUCAAGUAUGGAUGUCUAAAAUAUCGAAAUUUUGUUAGACGUAAUUAAUGGAUGAUGCCUAAAGGUAAAGUAAGGACACACCAUUUCCUAAUUCUAUUGCACGCGAAUUAUAUUGCUGUCUCGCUCGCGCAGUGGCAUUGACCGACGGCAUCAUGGACGGGACAAAUGGAGAUAGGUAAUGGUGAGUCAGUGUACGAAGUUCUUCUUACUGAGCAAGUACAGUCAAGUGUAAAAAUAUGGGUGUACACAUCUUACUCAAAAAUAUGUCCCAUAGCAUCUUAUUCCAGUGUAAUAAGAGCGUAGUACCAUAUUUAUGAGACGAUUCUCUCGAUACAUAUUAUUGCAGCUGACUGUACCUUACUUUACAGAUAAUAGGGUUGUUUCCAUCUACAAAUCUUAGGACAGAAUUGUAUCCCAAUAAAUUCUUUUGGAUUAUAAGAACAUGUUAAACUACUUUUAGGGGACCUGUAAUGACCAUAUUUUUGUAAAUAUUGAAUUUAAAAUAGCUUUUGGCAUACGUCACGUGACCAAACUUGAAACGUCAUUGAAGAUUCUGAUGACGUCACAACUCUCGGAUUGACACUGUUGACAGUUAGGCGAUAAACAACAAAUGACAAAUGUCAGUUGACAGUUCGUAUCUUCUACGUGCGUAUGUAGUUGUGUCAAACCGUAAACUGUGACGUCACACCAUUUUCAAAGAGCGUUUAGAGCGCGAAAGCAUCUGUCAAAAUAUAUUUUGUUAAUUUAACAUAUUUAAAGCGGUUUUUAGUAUAAAAGUUGAAUUUUAGGGCAACUUUUAGUUAAUAUAGAACGUACUACAAGCGUUUCAAAAAAUUGGAAACAACCCUAUUGUUGGCAAAUGUUAUUGAUGCGUCUGAUUUAUGAAAAGUCAUGUUUCCUCGUGAUAUUAGUGGGUAGAUGUUUGAAAAAAUCUUCUCGUUCGAUGUUUUCUGCGAAAUGGUUCACGAAUUUGUUAGUUUUAAGCUUUAAAGUAUCCUCAUAGAAUUUGCGCAUCUAUGUACAGACCGAGAGGUUGGAAAGUGGAAAUAUAGUAUGUGUCCUUACGCAAAAGGUUUUUUCAUUAGUAAAAAUGUCAAUAAAUUAAGGGCGCUAACCACGAAGAAUCCCGUACGUUGUCACUAUGUCCUAGCAAGCGUGCUAGAUAGAGAUAGGAACAGGAGGGAGCGGGAUGUACGAAAUUCUUCGUGCUUAUAGUCUUUACUUCAGCAUCUGACAUCUUGAUUAAAAAAAACUGUCAGAGCGUUGCCUUUUGACUGAGAACGAUACAAAUAAUUAUAUUUUGUUCCGAGCCAAAGGCAAGAAAAAUAUUUUAUUUUCAUUAUAAUACUUUUAUUUUAAUUAACUUGCUUUGUAUCCUUUGUCGCAAAUUAAAAUUAUGAUUUUAAUUUUCUUAAAACCAAAUUAUUAUUGAUGGACGAAAUGUAUGGUACCUAGUUAUCGCCGAAUGUAAACUAUUUUUAACCACUAACAAUAUAUUUUACCGCUUUUUAAAUGAACAAAAUUUUAAACUACCUCGAUGUUCGUCUCUGCAUUUCACUCGAUCCUUGUAAUGUUAUGUUAUUUGUGAAUAUGCGUAGGAUUAUAGGUCCAUAGGUACUUAGUUACUUACCUUGUUUACACAUAGUGUUUAAAGCACACGUGCGUGAUAUUUAGAUAUUAUACCUAUUCAGACGGCUUUUUCGAGAUUCCAGUACUAAACAAAAUGCCACCGCCUCCAUACAAUCGAGUUACGGUCUCAUUUUAAAACAUUUUGAAAUAACAUGAUAACAUAAGCGCAUUCAAAUAACAUUUGAGUGUAUUGCAAAAAAAAUGUACAUAGUUAAGGACCUGUAACUAGUCAAACGUAAACUGAUUCCAUUGAGUUACGACAAUAAUAUUACGCAAAACUCUGCGUAGUGGCGUCCCACUAGCACAUUCCGAAGACCAGUAGCGAAACACGAAAAUAGAAAUUUAGUUAGUUUAGGCAGACCUCUCUAUCACUCUUGCAUAUACGAAUGAUAAAGAGGCAGUUAACGAAUUUUCGUCUUUCGUGGUAGACCUCUGUAAACAAACCGCUUUGAUGUAUUAAUUUCAUUGGGGAAAAAACUGUUUAAGUCAUAGUAUGUACAAAAACCUCGAUGGUAUACAAUGUGUGGCAGUGCUGCUCUCUGGCGGCAGACCAUUGCAGUAAGACCCCCACUACCCCCAUUUCUAUUUAAGUUAACAUGACAAUGUGUAAGCGUAUGCUAUAGACUUAUAUGUGUAUGAAUUGAAUACAAUACAAUUUACAUGGUUAAUUUUCGUAACACAAAUGAAUCAGUUAACUUAAGACUAAUCACUCAGUUAACUUAAGUUUGUUUGUUAGAAAUUGUAAUAAAAACAAAUUAUAGCUAAAACAAAACUUCUAUUUGCUCAAAUUUUUUUUUGUUUAACUAUUUUUCGCAACUUGUUCAUGUCAACUUUCAUGUAAUUUAAGCAUUCGUUUUAAAAUGAGAACGUAACUUCCAUUGUAUAGGAGCGGUUUUUUGGCGGCGGGUUCACGUGACUCGAAACAGAAACUAGAACUCGCGACUGAAUCACUAGCCCAUCGCUAUGGCAACUGAACUACCGAGACUCCAUUCCAUGACAGCGAUAUUUCUACCAAUAUGCGCCUUAUUAGCAAGGCCUUCUUGAGGCUCGCCCAAGACAGUGAUUUUUUCAUUGAUUCCUAAGUUUUGUGGCAUCGUUUGCAGAUAAUUCUGCUUGAAGUACGUUUCUCACUCAACGGGCAACGUGUCGCGCCGCGUCGAAGCGCAUAUUCAAUGUGUGUGUACAUUAUGUAUGGCAGACGCGAUGGAAUCCGUCCGGAGCAGUCCGCGUCCGCGAGGAGCCGACCGGCCGUACAAAUUUGAAAAUCCGACACGGCCCGACUCCGCCCGUUCGGUGGGAAUCGUACUUAAUACAAUUUUAAUUAUAUAUCUGAAAAAUAUGUGCUAAAAAUGUCUUGUAUCACGUUCGUGUGUAUUAAACAAUAAUUGGUUUGGUUUAAGUAAUUAGUAAACCUUUGACUGAACUGACAUUAGCUUAAUGUGAUAUUUAAUAUUUAUGACUUGUAUUAAGAUAUAGUUAGCAGUACGGUAACAUUUCCGAAAAGUAGGUUUCUUUGAGUUUAAUAUUUUAAUGAUUGGACAUAAAAAAAAACACGUCGAUGUAUAUCAAGCUUGCUUAAAUAUAGGAAAAAUUAUAUGUAUAACACAUUGAGUAUUUUCUAACUUGGGUAAAUAUCGAAUGAAUGUACCUACCAAAUUUUGAGGACUUGAGCAAUUUUGAUAUGCGUCGAUAUGAAUGGUGAAGGGUAUUUUUUCUAUAAGACAUGCCCUGUUUUAUUCAGACUUCUAAAGUCUGACGUGUAUUAUCUAAUUACCUCAAAUCGAUAUGAACAUGAUGACAGUGAGGCCAUUUUGGAUCAAACUGUGUGGAGAUCGUUUUAUAAACUCCUAUAAUCUUUCAUCACAUCUGCUCGUAAAAGGUGAUAUUACAUGUUGGCUAGGCGAUGCGGUUCGUAAAUUCUAGAUUUAGUUUUUCUCUUUUUUCCUCACAAGUGUGAUGAAUAUCACUGUGUGUGACACGGGCGGUACAGGAAUUACGAACUCGUGUUAAUUUUAUUUUAUAUUUCGAUUCACACUCGUUCGUAGAUUCUUGUUUACCGCCCUUAUACACAAUGUAGUAUUUCAACUCAAUUUAUUUAGAAACAGGCUUUAGCGUGUGUUAACCCUUUUCCAGGCUGCACCAAUCUACAAGGUUUUCCCAAAAAAUCCAAAUAUAUUCCAAUUAAUCCAGCUUUGAUGAUUCAUUUGAAGACAAGUAACGUUUCCUGAGUGUAAUCUAAUUUGAACCUUAAAUAGGAAUGCUAAAGUUGAAAUUCGAAUGGCGUGUAUGUGGUCGAUAAAUCGUACUGUGCCUGGAAAAGGGUUAAGUUAAAGGCGUUUAUAAAACGAACCUGUGCAGUUUAGAUCAGCUUUGCCAAUUAGAUUUGAUACGUCAAGAUCUGCCAAAACACAAUGUGUUACUGCGCUUGCUUUACCCCGUUUGUCUCUGUGUUCAUUGUUCCUCAUAGGCAUAGAUAUUAGAAAACAAGGGAUGUGUCAACCCAAUUUACAUCGUAUCUUACGGCAUUUUUAGGUAGGUAUGUAUAUGCGCGUGCUUAAAUACCUAUAAGUUCAUAAAGUUAAUAAAACAUUAAAGUUACCGGACCGCGACAUUGGCCCGGUCAGCGUAUCUCUUUCUCGCUCUCACUUAUAGCCCUGUCCUCGACGGACGUACGACGGACCACCUUCCUCUCGAUCGAGCAGGCCUCGAACUGGACCAAGGUCGCGGUCCGGUACGCAUGUAUAUUACACAUGAUUGUGAUUAGGAAGUUUUCAGCUAAUCAUUUCAUUUAAGAAUUAGAGACUCGAACCACAUCUAUCAAACUCUGUCUCUUUUAUUCUGAUAUCUUUGUCCCCCCCUCCAUCUACUUUAUUUUAGCACUUGCAAGUAUUGCUUUAUCAACCAAUUUUAUUGCAUUUAAUUACAUAAGCGGUUCUAAUAAGAGCCUAAUUUAGAAGUAUCUUGGGAAGCCAUACUAGGAAAUAUGAUAGAUAUGUAAAAUAUGAAAAACAAAAAAAUAACCACUAUAAGUAUAUCUAGUUAAGUCUUGAAUAUGUAUUGGACUCUGACGGGGCUACGGCCAGUUCCUUCUUAUCUAGGUAUGCAAAUAGGACACAUGUACGCAAUAUUUUGAAGGUCCCGAAAUCACCCCUCAAAUGUGAUAUAUUUGCGCAUCUAUGAAUGUAAUUCUAAAAUAUAUAAUGUAUGGGACAUUAACCUUGUUAAAGUACGCAUUUAUUAUCUAGACAGUCGCCAUCCGAUGUAUCAGGAGCGGCUAAGCGGUAAAUAUCUGAACACGAACUCUAACGCCCUGACAAUAGAAGCAUGUUCAGAAAUUGGUAAGCGCCUUGGCCGCUCCGAUAUAUCUGAUGGCGAUUGUACAACAAAUAAACCUGUACUGUCAUAAUCAUAACUUUGUAUAUAGAUUACUGGGUUAGUUCCAGGUAUAGGAAGAGGGGAUAAUAAUGUCGGGCGGUUACCACUGGUAACACCACCACCACAGACCACAUACGUGCCAAUAGAAUUUCAACUUUAGCAACCCGAGUUAAGGUUCAAAUUCGAUUGCACUUUCAGGAAAUGUGACUUUGUCUUAGAUGAAUCAUCCAAUCUCGAUUAAUUGGAAUAUAUGUAUUUGGUUUUCGUGGGAAACCCUUGUGGAUAGGUGCGACCUGGAAAAGUGUUGUCGGCAGAUAAUUAGCCCUAUCCUACUACCUAUUUCGGGAUUCUCAAUAUUGGGUAUAUGAUUUGAUUAGAUUCAUGAACAAACUUUAACAUGUACUUCGGACUUGUGUAGUCAAGCUCUGCUAGCCCCUAAUCCUUACUUCUUUCGACAAAUAAACAUUACAGGUACUAUAGCGACAAAUUCUCCUCAACUAGCUUUUAAGCAGAAUGUCUUAAUGUAAAAUGAUUUUGAUGUUAAAAAUACAUGUUCCGAUGAUUGAAAUCUAAAUGUGCGUUACAAUUGUUGUUAAAAUGAAUGUUCAAAUGAUCCAGAUAAAGUAAUUUCUGCUGUUCAAUGUCAUACAUCCGUCGACUAUCAUUAUGGAAAUAAAUACUUUAAUGAAAAUGA